GGGAAUUGGGGCAGCUUCAAAAACCUUUAGUUGCUUAUUAAAAAAACAAAAACAACAAAGAUUAGACGCGUUGAUUAUUUCCUGCCUAGUAAAUGCCGAAAGUGAGCUUAUCAGAGAACAUAGUAUUUUCAAGCACAUAAGAAUACAAAAUUCACGAUCACAUAGUCCUUUUAAAUAUUUAAACACAAUGGCUGAUGUCAAAGCUGAGACUUUUUUCACUCAAUCUAAUUCUCCUUUUCCUGGACCCACCGAGGAUGAAAAAAUCAGCGCCGAUGAAUUUUUGUUGGCUUCUACCCACCUUGCCAACUUUUUUGGGAUUCUAGGAACUGUUUUUACUCCUGUUCAGUCAGACAUAGCAGGAAAUGUCAAGAAACUGAGAAACUUUAUAGAAGAUAACCCUGGGAAAGUUGUCUAUGUGAAUGAUAUAAUUUUACUAGAGGCUAAUUCAACAGAGUCAAUUGCCAUUGAUGCACUGCUUUGGUUAAAACGAGCCCUUGAGUUCACCAUGGUAUUCAUUGAUGAUAUUGUAUGUGACAGCAAGAAUGGAACAGCUAAUGAGGAUUUGAGGCCCCUUUGUCUCCAAGCAUAUGAGAAGACACUAAAAAAAUACCAUGGCUGGAUGGUUCAACAAAUAUUCAAUCUUGUCUCUAGGGCUUGCCCUUGGAGGCGAGAUCUGUUACUGAGCCUAGCCCUCGGGAAAACGGACAUGGAAUCCAUCGUACUGGCACAAAUGGAAGAAGUUCUUGUCAACUUGAAGAAAAACGUGGCCAUUAUAAACCGGUUGUACGUAACGUACAAUUUGAAUUUAGACGUUAAAGUAUAGGUUAUUCUGAGCUGAUGUCCAAUUUUAUUUUUUUACCUUUUGCAAAGUUCCUAUUUUCUCAAAGAUUUUUAAAUCAUUUUCAACAAAGAGUUCCUGCUGUAGCCUUCAGCACUAAAAAAAAAUGAAUAAAUGUCUUUACUUUCAA